AUGCGCCUAUUGGCAGUUUAUCAAGUAGCGAGAAGAGGAAUUUCAAAGAAUGCGGCCAGCCCUCUCGGGCACCUUAAAAUCGGAAAUGUUCGUGUUGAUGUGAAAAACCCGAAAAAUCCUCAUCUCGUACCUGCUGGCUUUGCUUCACAAAACCCAUCGCCCGAAGUGGUGAGGCAUUUGAAAUGGCUUCUCCAAAAAGAUGUCCUUCGACAAGACGUUUUCUUGCUUGGACCACCCGGUUUAUUGAGAUCACAUCUUGUAUUACAGUACCUAGAGUUUAUCAAUCGUGAAUAUGAGUACCUUUCAUUGACAAGAGAUACAACUGAUGCUGAUAUAAAACAAAGAAGAGAGAUUCUAUCAGGAACAGCCCUCUAUUCUGAUCUUUGUGCUGUUCGGGCGGCUUUGAAAGGAAGAGUUCUCAUUAUUGAUGGAGUUGAAAGAGCUGAACGAAAUGUGCUCCCUAUCUUGAACAAUUUGCUAGAGAAUCGCGAGAUGCAACUGGAUGACGGUCGUUUCUUAAUGAAACACGAUGCUUAUGAUAAAUUAUUGGAUAAAUAUACCGCUGAUGAGCUGACAAAGAUGGGUGUCGAGCGAGUGUCGGAGGAAUUUCACGUGGUCGCACUUGGUCUACCCGUUCCCCGUUUUCCCGGUCACACUCUCGAUCCACCACUUCGAUCAAGAUUCCAGUGUCACGAUGUACCGUUUCUUGGAUUUGAGGCAAUGACUUCUCUUUUCAAAGCGAUGUCUCCAUCAGUUGACGGUGAUCGAGUGAAUUCCCUCGUUUCUCUUGCUUAUGCUCUCAAUUCACAAGAUCAAUUAACUCUCCCAUCAUUCCCCAUUGAUAAUCUAUUGAAAAUAGCGAGAAUUUGGGAAACGAAUCCAAAUUUCACAUCAGAAGACAUAUUCUUAAUGUUGUAUCCGAUCGAAACGAUUAUGAAAGAAAACGAGAGAAAUGUUGUAAGAGAUUUCAUGAAGAAAUUCGGCGUUAUCGAAGAGAGGCCUCAAGCAUCUCAUGGAAAAAUUGAGUCAAUAACGAUGAAAAGUGAACAAAAUGAAGUGAAUGCUGAAUAUAACGGGAAACAGAUUGAGUUCACUGCGCCGAAAGGAUCAGCAACCGUAUUCAAAGAUUCACAAUAUGUAUCGACAAAUCUGCAAGAACGGCUUGUGACAGAAAUGAGUUGUUCACAUGCACAUGGGGAUUUUGGUUUAUUAGGUGCAAAAGGAAGCGGAAAAACGAUGGUGAUCGAGGAAUUCGCGAAAAGAAUGGGAUACACAACGGAUACAAUGGUUAUGUAUCAAGAUUUGAACAGUCGAGAGUUGCUGCAACGACGCAGAAUGCUGCCAAAUGGGGACACGAUUUGGGAGGACAGUCAACUUGUGAUCGCAGCGAAAUCUGGUGGGAUUUGUGUGUUGGAUGGAGUUGAACGUGUGCAUGCAAGCGCCUUGGAAGUCCUCGCCCCACUUGUCCACCAUCGACAUCUUGAUCUUCCCGAUGGAUCCCGACUUGUCUCACAACAAGAAUUUGAUCUAAUUGCGAAGAAAAUGAACGCCACUAAAGAAGAACUUGAACAAAAAAAACUGUACCCAAUCGGCUCAUCAUUUCGUUUGAUUCUUGUCGGUGAUAGUGAUUGUGGGGAUCAUAUCUGGCUAAAUGAGCCAACACUUGCCAUUUUACCUUUUCACACUUUGCAACCGCUUCCAAUCGAUCAACAAAUACAAGUUAUUACUCAAUUGGUUCCCGAUGCGCAUCAAGGAACAGUCGAGAAAUUAGUCGAGUUUGUGGAUUCGUUAAGGAAAAGUCAUGAUGCUGGGUUACGAGGAGUUGCCACGUCAUUGUCCCUUCGUAAACUCAUUCAUAUCACUCGCCGAGAUGCUCUACAUGGAGGAGAAUUGAGAACUCUGAUUGAAGGGGCAGCUCUUUCUCGUUUCCUUCCAUCAAUCACGAGAACCGCUUUCACCACGUCACUUACAAAUGCAGGGAUUAGAGAUGUGACCAAGAAACAUGAAGCAGGUUAUCAACUCGACAUGGCUUCGAUCAGUCGAGAAGUAAAGCCUGGAGAAGAGACAUUGAUUCCAUCAACAUUGUUCUACGAGAAUCCUCAACAUACAGCUGUUCUUAGGGAUUUGGCCAGGGAUUUCAGAUUGGAUUCGCAUUUGUUGUUGAUUGGAAAUCAGGGAGUCGGCAAAAACAAACUUGCCGAUCGCUUUCUGCAGUUGAUCGGACGACCCAGGCAUUACAUGCAACUACAUCGAGAUACAACUGUCGAAUCACUGACAAUGCAGACAACGAUCGAUGGUGGAAAGCUGAAACACGAGGAUUCAGCCCUUGUGAAAGCUGUCAAAAAGGGACAUGUGCUAGUGGUGGAUGAGGCGGAUAAAGCACCAUUGCAUGUGAUUGCCAUUUUGAAGAGUUUACUGGAUUCCGGCACUUUAAUGCUUGGUGAUGGUCGCCGAAUCCAACCCGCUCAUCUUCCACAAAGUGACAACACAAUCACCUUGCAUCCCGAUUUCAAAAUGAUCAUGCUAGCUAAUAGACCCGGUUUCCCAUUCCUUGGAAACGAUCUUUUCGGUGUUCUGGGUGAUCUCUUUUCCGUGCACACUGUCGACAAUCCGAGUCGAGAAAGCGAAAUGCAAAUGUUGAAGCUAUACGGACCAGCUGUUCCCGAAGAUCAUUUGAUCAAGCUGAUCUCUGCCUUCUCUGAAUUGAGAGAUCAAGCUGAUCAGGGAUUACUCCAAUAUCCGUACAGCACGAGAGAACUUGUCAAUAUUGUGAAACAUGCAAAUGCCUUUCCGAAUGAUUCCCUCCAAUCAAUUGUCGGAAAUGUUUUCGAUUUCGAUCGUUACAAUGAGGAAGUGGUGAAAACGAUUGAGGGUGUCUUCCAAAAACACGGAAUUCCAUUAGGCGUUGAAAACAUCAAAGAUCGCGUUUUUCUCUCACAUCGCUUUGAUAUUCCGCCUUUGAGACAAAUCGGUACUUGGGGAUUGAAAGAUAAUGUCUCGCCGAGAGUUCUUCAAGUCAACAAAAUCCCGCAUAAAUUAGAGACUCGACGAUUGGUGAAGAAGAGUCAAGUGUUGAAGUUGGAGAAAGAGCAUAUGAGAGCGGGACAGUUCACUGAACAGGAAUGCAACUGGCAAAUCCCAAUGUUGGAUGUGAAUUUGUGCUCGGAUGCGUUGAUGUUGGAUAAAACGUUGAUCGUUGCGACUGUCAAUCCGCCAGCUCUCUAUAUUGUCGAGGAUUUGGAAGCAAAUCAAACGGUUCUCGAAUGGGACCUCACUGAGUACAUCAAACGACCAAAUCGGGACCGUUUUGAGCCAAGAAUUCGUUUAGGACGCUUUGGAGACUUUGUCAUUUUACACGAAGAAGCACAAAACAAACUCCUCGUUGUGAAUACAGAAGAGCAAUUCAUCGGAACGAUCAAUCAAAAAGGGACUUUACAAGAAACAUUCGAAAAAAUGUUUUCCAAAGAAAAUCCGUAUUGGAGAAUGGUUGAUGGGAAGAAACCGAUGAUAUUUGAGAGAGGAGGGACAAAAGGGACAUUGUUGACGUUGAGGGAAACGAUUCAAUUUGAGUUCCCUGAAUCUGUUAGUGAUGUUAUCAAUGCAUCCGAUGAUCGAUGGAUCAUUCAUUGGAAGAAUGGAAACCCGUCAUCGCUGCUUUGUUUUGAGAAUGGUGAUCUCUUGAUUCGUGCUAUCAACUCCAAUCUACCUGACCUCAAAAUUCAAGCGAUCAAAGAAAUCCCUCAAAAAGACAACCUUCUACUAUCAGCUGAUGGAUUUUAUUGUUUAAAAAGCAAUGGAUUUCCAAAAACAAUUUCUCAAUCAGAGCUCUUUGGAUCUGAAAGGAAAUUGAAUGAAGAAGAGAAUGUGAUUGAUGGGAGAAGACCGUAUUUUGUGAAAGAAUCGAUGGGGUAUUUGGAUAAUGGCCGAAACACUGUUGCGCUUGAGGGAGGAGUCCUUGUGAGUGCAAAAGCGAAAUGGGAAACUCCGGACUAUGCGCUGGCAAAGGACAUCCCAGCGAGUACCAUUGCCGGUUUCCUAGAAGCAGUCGAUUCGAUAAAUGGCUUUGUGCAAUAUGUACCCGUCCCAAUCCCUCGAUAUCACUCGUAUCAUCAAAAAUGGAUGCAUGCAAUAUCAAAGACACCUUUCAUCGCAAUUCCGUGGAAUGACUCAAAACUGUUGACAGUUGAUAUGAGUGGAGGGAUUCGAUCGUAUGAGAUCUCUGCUACGACAAUCGGGAAAGCUUAUCAAGAAUGGCAGAGAAUGUUGGGAGAAGAUGAUGCAAAUCUUCGCUUGGAGUUUCAACGAGAAAUGGACGAUUUCGAUCUUUCGAAGUUAGAGGACCCGAAAAUCGGGAAAUUCGAUCCGGACAAUGUGCCGCACAUGGGCGGAAAUCAAUGGAUGGGAGGAACGGGUGGAUAUUCAACUGCUGGCUUGGGAGGAGUUGGAGGACCGUUUAGACUUGAUGCCGGUCAUGAUGUGCAUCAAAUGCCUGAUAUGGCUAAACAACAAGUACCUGAACAUAUCCUGAAGAAAGCACGGGAAAUUUCAAAAGCUGAAUAUGCGAAGAAGUUGAAAGAGAUUCAGAUGAGUGAAUAUGAUGAUGAAGCAUAUCAAAAAUUGUGGAAAAGAGUUCAAAGAGAGAGUGCUCAUUUGAAAUCGAUUAUCGAACAAUUGGAAGCAAAGAAAAAGGAAAGAUUGUGGGCAAGACAUCAAACAAUCGGUGAUUUAGAUGAUGGGAAAUUGAUUGAAGGGAUGACUGGCGAGAAGAAUAUUUACAGACGCCGAGUUGAGAAACUACCUGAACCGGGCUCUCCGCAACUCAACCCGAAACGUCUUCGUCUCCAUUUCGAUGUCAGUGGAUCAAUGUAUCGCUUUAAUGGUUACGAUAGCCGAUUACAAAAGAGUCUCGAGGCAGCAUUGAUGGUCAUGACUGCGUUAGAGGGAAAAGAGCACAAAGUCAAGUUCGAUCUUCUCGGUCAUUCCGGUGAUGGUCCAUCACAUGUCUUUGUGCAAGAUCGAUACCCGAAAAAUAACAAAGAGAGGCUGGAUGUGUUGAAGCAAAUGUUGGCACAUACACAAUUUUGUACAUCUGGCGACUAUACAGUGGAAGCGUUGGACUACUCGAUUAAACAAUUAGCAAAGGAGGAGGAUGUUGACGAGAGAUUGGUUGUGCUCAUUUCAGAUGCAAAUCUUGAUAGAUAUGGCAUCCGUCCGAAAGAUAUCGUCAAUGUGAUGAAUCGUGACUCCACCGUGAACAGUUUUGUCAUUCUUAUCGGAUCACUCGGCGAGCAAGCACAAAGGGUUCAAAAAGAGUUACCAGCUGGGAAAGCGUUUGUUUGCAAGACGAGCGCCGAAUUACCGCAAAUUAUGGACUCAAUCUUUGCGUCAACACUUGUU